UGCAUCGCUCAGAGUGAAUUUGCAUAGCCAGCGUAACGGACGUCGAAGCCGACGCGCGUCGAAGUCGACUCAUCGUCUCGUUGAGUUGUUAUUAUUUUCUUUCUGCGAAUAAACGACGCGGCGACGCAUUCUAUUUCAUCUCUCCUUCUAGUCGUGAUCAUUUUAGAAAAAUGAUUUUCUUAGUCGAAAUGAUUUUCGUUUUUUGUGUAACUUAAAUUUAUGAAUGGAGAACGCGCUGACUCGACUCACGGAACGUAUUAAAUUACCACUUGAAGCAGUCAUUGGAAAAUGGAAAACAAAUAAACUAAUUAUUAGAAUUGAAAGCCACAAAGAAUUUAUAAAUGAAAAAUAUGAGUAACACGAGAGAAAAUCGCAUCGAGUGCAACAUGACGAAUGCUGACUGUAGUUUCUGCCAAAGAUUACAAAGUGCGCGCAAUAAACGAAGUAAUAACUUUGCUAUAAGUUUCACAUUCCCGCAACUCUUGUUGCUGCUGUUGCUUAGCGUAAGUUCAACUUUAGCGGCGCCACAAACCUCCUGCAUAAUGUGCAACAAGGAAGAUCUGCAGCCAAGGGAGCCAACGAUCAGCGCCAGCUACGAAGAGUUCACUUUCGAUCAUCAGGUGAAGCGUCAGGAUGCGAUUCAAGCGUUGCGCGCAUACAAUGAAACUCAUGAAACACAGAACUCUUGCAACACGAAAAUGUGCACGGCGCAAGUCGUGAGAUAUUGCUUGAGUCCGCAGUUCCUCAACGAUCAUUGCUGGUGCGAGAUGCAGCAUUCAGAAGAGGGUGUACCCUAUGUGCCACAUGUCUGCUAUGUGGGAGAAAAGGUCUAUGCACCAUCGCUGGGUUCCUGUUUUACGUUUCAAGAGAUCAAGGAAUGCUGCUGUGCUCCCGUCUUGGUCAAAGAAUGGCGACACAUUUCCGGCGCUUUGUCGGCUACACCAAAGAUCGUGCUAACUUCUUUGUUAGCUGCACUCGCAUUGUUAAAUUGGCGCUGCAGAAGACGAAGCGUUUGUUAAAGCUUACAACUUAGGGGCGGGCUUUGGGGGUUUUAUAAAUAAACUUACAAUCUAGUGAAACAUAGUCAUGAACGACGCAUUAUAAGAA